AUGGCACCAGACAUACCAGAGAAGCCACAGGUAAUUAAAAUAGUAAAUAUCUCUAAUAAAGAACUAAUACCCAACCAGAUAAACAUACUAUCCAAAGGACUAAAAUUUACACCAACCCCACAACGACCAAAUUACCAUGAAAUGAAAGAUGAUAUUUCUGAGUUUUGUAGAAAAUUAAGACUAGCCGAUGAAUUUUAUGACAAACACAUUGACGACGAUUCAAUAGCUAGAAAUAGCAGCAACCACACCCCUACGAAAGGAAAGAAUAAAGCCUUCGACCAAUUCUGUGAGCACAUCACCAAUUACCCUUAUCAACUCACAAAUAAACAAAAACACAAACCAAACUUCAACAAGAGACAAUGGAACGACCUUAACGAACUAAAAGAAGAUAAAACCAUAACAAUCAAAGAGGCAGAUAAAGGUAACGCAGUAGUCCUAAUGAACACGAGGGACUAUAAAAAUCUAGUACUAUCUUUAUUAGGGGAUGAGACAUAUUACGAAAAGGCCCCACACUAUAACCAACAUAAAAUAAUGAAUAAUCUCAGGACAUUAAUUAUCUCAUACCGGGAUGGACUCACAGACAAGGAAUACGACUACAUUACCAACUUUAAGAAUAAAUCAAGUUUAUUCUACGGCAUCCCCCAAAUCCACAAAAGCAGAAUAAUGAGCGAUGCAUGCAAAGGGGCUACAGACAUAAUUAUCAAGGUCCUCUCACCUGAUGACCUGAAACUAAGACCAAUAAUAGCAGGUCCAGCAUGUGAAACCCACCGCCUCAGCAGCUUCUUGGACACUCUACUGAAACCCUUCCUAAAGCACACCAAGAGCUUUAUAAGGGAUGACCUGGACAUGCUAAACCACCUCCCCAAAACGGUCAAUGAGAAAACACUACUCGUAUCCUUCGACGUAGUCAACCUAUAUUCAAACAUCCCCCACACUCUAGGAAUAGAGGCCAUCACAUUCUGGUUAGUCAAUUACACAUAUGAACUUCCCUCUCGCAUUAAAAAAGAACUCAUAAUAGAAGGACUAAGAUUUAUCCUAGAAAAUAAUCAUUUUAUAUUUAACAAUGAAUACUUCCGACAAAAAUCGGGGAUUGCAAUGGGAACACGGACGGCGCCUUCUUUUGCGAACCUGGUAAUGGGCUAUCGCGAGAUUAAACUAUACCAGAGAACACUCGAGAAAUAUGGAAACUCCUUUUCCACCUACAUACAAAACAACUGGAAAUGA